AUGAAAUUCGCCGUCGUCCUCGCCUUCGCUGCCCUCUUCGCCGUGACCCUGGCCGCUCCUGCUGAUCAGGACGUUACCGUCCUCCGUUCGGACUCUGAUGUCGGACCCGAGAGCUUCAAAUACGACUGGGAGACUAGCGAUGGCCAGGCUGCCAAUGCUCAGGGACAGCUGAAGAACAUUGGAUCCGAGAAUGAGGCCAUCUCCGUCCAGGGCUCCUACCGCUUCGUUGCCGAUGAUGGCGUCACCUACGAGGUCAAGUACAUCGCCGACGAGAACGGAUUCCAGCCCCAGGGUGCCCAUCUGCCCGUUGCCCCCGCGGCCUAA